AUGGUGGCCAUCACCUUCAUCCACCACGAUCCUAGUCAAGAACCGCGGCAGAAGCAACUCGAUUCCUCCCGCGCAAGAGCCCAUGCCGCCCGCGUCUCUCAUGACUGGAGACGCGGUGACCACCUCCCGCAAUGGCUUCCUCAGGGUACAGAAGUCGAUGCCCAGAGUGAAGAAAGCGACGGUGACCAGCUGGCGAGGGUGGCCGCCUUUGGAGGCAACUCAGAUCCAUUCCAAUGCUUUGCGAUCGAAAUCACCCCUGAAUUGAAUCGUAUCCUCACUUUCACCAGAGACGUCGCCUUGCGUGCCCACUACACACCUCUCGCCGUUCGAAAAAUAUCUAGUGAGCUAGCUCACGACUUCGAAAAGCCUUAUAUUCGGGGUGGAUGGGCCGACAUCGCGGCAAGUUUGCGGGAUGAAGGCACGGCGCUCGCGCGCUUGACGACGUAUAGUCAAUACUUGAGUCACUGUGUGCCAGACCCCAAGGAGAUGAGAAAACUGGUGCUUCAGAUGCGCAUGCGCAGCCUUCAGCUGUUACGCCAAAAGCUGGAAAGGCACACAAGUUCAUCCUCUGUGGAAGAAAAGAACAACUUGAAGCGCCACAUCUUUUCGCUCUUCGAUGCAGAAUGCUUUUGUGGGAACACUCAGGCCGCCAUUAUCCAUGGCGCAACCCUGCUGAAGCUGAUAGAAGAGAGCAACAAGUUCGACGCACCCAUGGCACAACGGUUGUUGUAUAUCAUCUGUCACUCGGCAGCCACCAGUGGACAGCGGACGGUCCCAUCCGUGGGCAAAUGGAUUCGCGACAGGUCAGAAGUCUUUCUGAAAGAGCAGGUCCCGCCAAAUCCCCUGGGAGUUCCCAAGAACCACGUACUCCAUGCAAGCUGCACUCUCCCAGAGCUCCGAGCCCUUUUUCGACGUUGCCAAUACGUGGGGGACGCAAGCAUGCAAACGUCGUCCACAGAGGGCCCUAACCCGACGGGCUCGGUCGCGAACAAGCAGGCUGCUUACAUAUAUGUUACCGUCUCCGCUCUCAUUGACCUAAGUCGCCUCAAUGACAUGUUUCAUGAUCUCGUCGAAGGGGUUUGGAUGGCAAGUGCCAGGAAGCCCGAAAGAUACACCCAGGCAGCGCUGUCAGUGGCACUCAACUAUCUCGCACGAGAGAUGUUUGGUGACUUGACCAUUAGCGGUACCAACAUUCGGGACUGCUCAGCUAACCUGAUGGGUCAGCUGAAGUUGACAUUUUCGAAAGCAUAUCAAUCUAGCACUGUUAACGACCGCCUAGAUUCCGCAUCCGCAUAUCUCUGGAUCCUCUAUGUGGGAGCACUCUGCGAACACAGAAAUCGAGACAGUAUCUGGAAGGCCGACAUGCUUGAUGAAUCCUGGUUCAGCCCACUCCUGGUGUUCCAAGCUCAUUUGACAGGAGCAGUGACCUGGCCACAGAUGCGUGUCGUGGCUGAGCAGUUCUUUUACAUAGACAUAGUGGAACCUGAUGGCGCCAUUUGGUUUGAUGCUCUUCUCAAGAGGUAUCAUCAAGCCUCUCGCCAUAAGAAGCUAUCAUUGGCGAGCCGAUAUGCUUGGUUUUUCAAGACUCGAAGAUGA